GGACGUGGUAUAGAGCGGACAACACUUCAUUUCUGGAGUUUUGCUACGGAAAUUUAGAGGAACUUUUUGGAGUUUUUCGGUGACUUUAUUGCACAUUGGACGCACUGGGCUGUGGAUCAGGAGAAGAGGCUGAGACAACUUUACCAUUUUGAGCUCAAAAACAUGAAUACAGGGCCGAAAAUGGCCCCGGCUGGUUGGUGGUUGUGUUUGUGCGCCUUGGGGAUUCUUGCUGCUCCGUGUCGAGGGAUCGGACGUUGUUUGAAUGGGAUUACAAUGAACGUGAUCCUGCUGGAUGAUGAGGAGUCUCCCUGGAGCCUGAAGUUUGUAAGAGGAGAAAUACUGGAGGCCAUAGAGAUAGAUUCAGCCAUCAAUGCUGCAGAAGGUAUGAAGUUUAAUCUUACGCCAAACUUUGGCGGGUUCAACACCACCUUGUAUCGACAUCGAGGCUGCCAGAGUAGCACGUGUGAGGGAGUGGAUGAGCUAAAAAACCUAAUGUAUUCAGGCAACCUGGGAUGUGCCGUGCUCGGGCCUACCUGCACCUACGCUAGCUUCCAGAUGGUUGAUGUGGAAAAAGGUCUGAAGCUCAAAACACCCAUCAUCUCUGCAGGAAGCUUCGGUCUGUCCUGCGACUACACACUCAACCUGCAGCGCCUCCUGCCGCCGGCACGCAAGAUCUCUGACUUCUUCAUUCUCUUCUGGAAAGAGAGCAACAGGAUCAAACCCGCGUGGGAAACAGCCUAUGUUUACAAGAAACAGAGCAACAGCGAGGACUGCUUCUGGUAUAUAAAUGCACUGGAUGCAGACUCGAGCAAGUUUGCCCAAAACAUCAGUAGAACGGUGCUGCGCAAACCGGACGAACUGAGAAAAAUACUGACGUCACCCAAAAACAGGACAAGCAACUUGUUCAUCAUGUGUGGAUCACCACUGGACAUAUUGGAGGUGAAAAAUGGCUCCACAGAUGCAGACAGCAGUGAUAAUCUGUUCAUCCUUAUUGAUCUUUACAACGAUAAAUACUACACCAACAAAACAUCAAUGCCAUCCAUGAAGAACGUGUUGGUGCUGACGAUGCCCAACACCAGAAACUACACCAUCAACACAGACACAGACAACAACACGAUGAAUGACUACAUGGCUGCGUACCAUGAUGCGGUGCUGCUGACAGGCCAGGUGAUGAGGGAAAUUGCUAAAAAACCUCAGUCGGAGAUUCAGCAGAUGGAGUUUGUCAACGUGAAUUACUUCAGAAACACCUCCUUUAAUGGAUCUGCUGGACACUACAGGCUGGACAAGUUUGGAGACAGAGAUGUGAAUCUCUCAAUCAUUUACACCACUACUGACAACAAGUAUCGUGUUUUAUUCACUUUCGACACUGAGCACAACAAAACCAAAGUGGUGGAGACGGACCCGUCCUUCAUCUGGGGAAAAAGACUUCCUGAUUACGGGCCAGAUACAGGUCCAGCAUCUUAUAACGUCAUUGUCAUCGUGUUGGCCGUCACCGUGGUUGUGGUGGCCACCAUCGCCUUCAUUUUCUACAGACAGAACAGGAGGGACCGUUUGCUCAGGAAGCGCUGGUCGCACAUCGCCUCUGCUCUCAUCACAGUGCUGGAGAAAAGCGAACUCAAUGUCGUCUCUCUUAAGAUUGAAGAUGAGAGGAAAGACACGAACUUCAAGAUCCGCCGCGCGCUCUACGAUAAGAAGAUUGUAAUUUUGAAGGAGCUGAAGCACUCGGAUGGGAACUUCAAUGAAAUGCAGAGGAUAGAACUUAACGCAGUAAGACAGAUCGACUAUUACACCCUCACAAAGUUUUAUGGCACAGUGAAGGUUGAUCAUGGCGUGUUCGGGGUGUUUGAGUACGGAGAGAGGGGGUCGCUCAGGUAUGUGCUGAAUGACAAGAUUUCAUACCCAGAGGAGACCUUCAUGGACUGGGAGUUCAAGAUCUCCGUCAUGUACGAUAUCGCCAAGGGCAUGUCCUACCUCCAUGCCAGUGACAUCCAGGUGCACGGUCGCCUCAAGUCCACCAACUGUGUGGUGGACAAUCGCAUGGUGGUGAAGAUAACAGACUUCGGCUGCAACAGCUUUCUCAGCCCCGGCAAAGACUUGUGGACAGCUCCAGAGCAUCUGAGGAAACACGGCACUUCUCAGAAAGGAGACGUCUACAGUUUCGCCAUCAUCUCUCAGGAGAUUGUUCUCAGAAAGAGCACCUUCUACACUGAGUGCUGCUCCGACCGAGCAGAGAAGCUGUCCAGGGUCAUCAUGUCCUACUUCAGACCUGAUCUUAACUUUGAGACGGCUUCAGAGAAAGAAGCAGAGGUUUAUAUGUUGAUAAAAAGCUGCUGGGAUGAGGAUCCAGAAAGAAGACCGGACUUUAAGAAGGUAGAAAACUGUCUGGGGAAAAUCAUCAGUAAAAUCCAUAACCAGGAAAAUGAGAGCUACAUGGACAACAUGAUCAGACGGCUGCAGAUGUACUCCAGGAACCUGGAGCACCUGGUGGAGGAGAGAACGGCUCUCUACAAAGCUGAGCGGGACAGGGCCGACUGCCUCAACUUCAUGCUGCUUCCUGGCCCGGUGGUGAAAAGCCUGAAGGAGACCGGCGUGGUGGAGCCGGAGCUGUACGAGGAGGUGACGAUAUAUUUCAGCGACAUCGUUGGUUUCACCACUCUGUGCCAGUACAGCACACCAAUGGAAGUUGUGGACAUGCUCAACGACAUCUACAAGGGCUUCGACAGCAUCGUCGACCACCACGAUGUAUACAAGGUGGAGACGAUAGGUGAUGCCUACAUGGUGGCCUCCGGGCUGCCAAGGAGAAACGGAAACAGGCACGCGGUGGACAUCUGCUGCAUGGCGCUGGACAUCUUGUCGUUCAUGGGUACCUUCCAGCUCAGACACCUGCCUGGCAUCCCUGUGUGGAUACGCAUCGGCAUACACUCAGGUCCCUGUGCAGCAGGUGUUGUGGGGAUAAAGAUGCCCAGAUAUUGUUUAUUUGGAGACACGGUCAACACGGCGUCUCGUAUGGAGUCAACAGGACACCCCCUGCGGAUCCACGUCAGUCAGCCCACUAUAAAUAUCCUGCAGAGGACGGACUGCAGGUUUGAGUAUGAGAUCAGAGGAGAAACAUAUCUGAAGGGUAAAGGCACAGAGACAACAUACUGGUUAACAGGUGAAACUGGAGAAGACUACGGCCUCCCAACUCCACCCACAACAGAGAACUUCCACCGGCUGCAGCAGGACCUCGCCCACAUGAUCCUGAUGUGUCUGGAGCGCCGCUCUCGAGGGUCCGUGCGGAGGAAGAAGAGGACGGAGGACGACAAUGAUCAAGAGUCGGGGGUGGAGUCUGAGAGCGAACAACCGGAGUACCUGCAUCUGGCCACUGUUGAUAACACGCUCAGCACCUUCCUGUAGGACAAACCUGAGAGGAGGAAACCAGCAGGUAGAGGCAGAGAGGGAAAGGACACAACUCAUUUUUUACCAGGUGUUAAAAGAUAAAAACAAAUAUCCAUUGAAAGUAAUGUACAAAACAAGUGCCUUGUGUAAGACCAGAAAGUUUCCUCCAUUUUUACUUGCUUUUUUCGCUCCUUGUUGAACCCCAAGUGCAGCGGCAAGCCAUAGGUGUGAAGAUAACAGG